AAAAAGCUUUGCUUGGGGGGAUAAAUCACUAUAUCCAAAGCAGCCAUGAAGCCACACACUUGGAGCUCCAUAUGUUUGAUUCUCUGGUUGGUCACCAUCCUUUGCUCUGCUGAAGAGACGUGCCCAGAUGUCAAGCUUGUUGGGGUCGGAGGAUCGGAGAAGCUAGCCAUUCUUCGGGGAUGUCCUGGGGCCCCUGGAGCACCAGGCACUGCAGGACCCACUGGACCUAAAGGUGAUCUGGGAUCAUCAGGAAAUCCUGGGAAGAUGGGACCAACAGGACCAAAAGGUGAAAAAGGAGACCCGGGAGUUGUGCUCCAAGGAACUGCCCAAGACUGCAAGCAGUUACUGGACCAGGGUCAAUCUUUGAGCGGCUGGUACACAGUUCACCCAUCAGACGGUAUCCCUCUUAUGGUAUUUUGUGAUAUGGAGAGCGAUGGAGGAGGAUGGACAGUUUUCCAGAGGCGGAUGGAUGGAUCAGUGGAUUUCUUCAGGGACUGGAAUGAGUAUAAAAAAGGAUUUGGGAAUCAAAACAGUGAAUUCUGGCUUGGAAACAAUAACAUUCAUCGCCUCACAUCCACAGGAACUUUUCAGCUACGGAUUGACCUUGCUGAUUUUGAAAACGGACGUGUCUACGCUUUGUAUAGCAAUUUCCAUAUCGAGGGGGAGGCAAAGAAUUACACACUGAGUGCCGUCAGCUACAGCGGAGGAACUCUGGGUGAUUCAUUUUCUCAGCAUCAAAACACUCAAUUUUCAACCAAAGAUCGUGAUAAUGAUAAAAGCACUGGCAGUUGUGCCAAUUCUUACCGAGGAGGAUGGUGGUAUGGUGGUUGUCAUGAUUCUAACCUAAAUGGACUUUAUCUAAGGGGUAACCACACCAGCUAUGCUAAUGGUAUAAACUGGCAUUCCGGUCGUGGGUAUAACUAUUCGUACAAGGUCUCUGAAAUGAAGAUUCGUCCACAGUCAUAAGGAAAUUAGAAGCAGAUCUAGCAUCAGAUGUAUUUCAUCAUGUUAAGUGCGUGCAUGCUGAGUAACGUGUAACACCACAAUGUGUUUAUUGCAACUAGUAUUUACCCCAACAAUGGCUUUUUUUUUUUGCUUUUUUUAUUCAGUCAUCAUUCAGGGUCAGCAGCUACUGUUUGAACUGAAAUGAUGAUUUAGAGAUGAAACGGUCAUGUCAUUUCUGGUGCCCAUGCAGUUCAUAGCUGUGUUUCCAUAUGACUGAUGCAGAUCGACCUCUGCUGAAGCCACUCACCUUGUGAUUUGCUGCAAGUUACAAUGUAACAGUCUUAUCACAGGAGAGAUUUGAAUGAACAUUUCCUCCUGCCUGCCAUUUACUGUUGCCUCAACCCAGGCAAAGUCACCUUGCCUGGAUCUCAAGGACUGCUCUUUAAUGAUUAAAAGUGAUAUUGUGAUAUUUUAAGAAUGUAUUCAUCAGAGGGACUCAUUACCAUAUAUUUUGGCAGUGUGGAUUGAUUGUUCCUUUCUGGUCCAUUGUGAUGUCUCUGCUCCAGCAGAUUUUAGAGUCCCCCAUCUCGAUGGACCCAUUACAUCUUCUCUUGGGCCUCCCAUUCCCUGGACUGGGAAAGACCUCAAACAAUUUAGCUUCCUACACCUUAUUAGCAGCAAAGAGUGAUUCCAUUAUGUUGGUUAUCUACCUCCCCCCAACUCAAGCUCAGUUUUUAAAAGUUAUCACUGACAUACGCAGAAUGAAGCACAUGACAGCAAUGGUAGAGGAUGCUGUUGACAAGUUUGACAAGAUAUGGGAUUUAUGGGACCACUCUGUAUAUGGUUCCCCCCUUUAAAACUUUUCUAAUAACCCAUAUGCAGCUUCUUGUCACCCUGUCAGCACCCAAUGUCCCGCUCUCUCUGUGGACCUAGCCAUUCAUAGCAGCCCAUUGCUUACAGUAUAUACCCCCUGGAUCUACCCACCCGGUGUCUACCCAACUAACGUCCAAAUGUUAUUGGCCAUACCCUUUUUUCAGUAGCCUUGCCUGUUUGAUGAUCAACAUGUUUUUGUUUUCACUUCAAUUCCUAUUUUAUUUGUUUUUCCUUUCUUUUUUUUUCUUUCAAUUUUUUGUUUGAUUUC